CUCUCCUCGCCAGCCCAACCCAACCUCCGAUCCAUCUCUCCCUUUCUUCUUCCUCUGGCACAACACAACACAGGCACAACAACGACCACGAGUACAUCCAUCUCGAGUGAGCGAGCGAGCCGGUCAUGGCGGAGGGUGCCGACGCCAAGGAGAAAGAGGGGGGGAAUGGCACCGGCGACGAGGGGAACGAGAGGGCAAACAAGAAGCAGCAGAAGAAGAAAGAAGACGGCGACGGUGGGAAGAAGAAAGAAGCGGCGCCCGUGGUGCUCGGGGUGGACCUGCACUGCGACGGCUGCGCGCGCAAGGUCGUCAAGGCCGUCAAGGCGGCGCAGGGUGUGGAGGGCGUGGCGGCGGACGUGGCCGCCGGCACGGUGACGGUGUGCGGCAAGGCUGUCGACCCCUGGGACCUCAAGGAGCGCGUCGAGGCCAGGACGCACAAGCCCGUCGCGUUCGUCUCCCCGCCCAAUCCCCCCAACCCCAAGAAGAAGAAGGACGGCGGCGACACCGCCGAGGGCAAGAAGGGUCAGGCCGGCGACGGCAAGGGCGCCAAGACCGCCGGCGAUGACAAGAAGAAGAAUAACAAGGAGGGUCCGGAGACGACGGUGGUGGUGAAGAUCGGGCUCCACUGCAACGGCUGCAUUGACCGGAUCAGGCGGACCGCGCACAAGAUCAAAGGCGUGAAGGAGGUGAAGGUGGACACGGCCAAGGAGCACGCGACGGUGCAGGGCACCAUGGACGCCAAGGCCCUCCCCGACGUGCUCCGGCGCAAGCUCCGGAGGGACGUCGACGUCGUGCCCCCGCCAACGGCCAAGAACAAGGAUGGCGGCGACAAGAAGAAGCAGCAGAAGGACAGCGGCGACAAGAAGAAGCAGCAGAAGGACAGCGGCGAGGACGCCGGGGAGCAGCAGCAGCAGCAGCAGGGGCAAGGAGGCGGUGGCAAGAAGAAGAACAGGAACAAGAACAAGCAGGAGGACGGCGGGGAGGAGGCCGGCGGCGCUGCGGUGGCCGCGGAGCAGGCGUUCCCGAUGGCGAUGAUGUACGGCGGCGUGGGCGGCGGAGGAGGGGGAGUGGUAGCAGGGGGGUGGACGACGUCGUACCGGGUGGAGAUGCUGCACGCGCCGCAGAUGUUCAGUGACGAGAACCCCAACGCCUGCGCCGUCAUGUGAGGAAAGAUGCAUGUGCGUUAGUGGUGCACUCGUACUUAGUCGUAGUGCUACAGUAGCAAGUAGCUAAGCCAUGCCUAUAUAUUGCUACGUACUGGUGGACUGAGCCCGCGUGCAUGCAUGCAUGUAUGCACGUAAGUACGAUGGCAACAUAUAAUACGUACUUUAGUAGCCAAAGUACGUGCAUGGUUAACGGCUGCUGUUGCAUUGCAGCAUAUGUAUAAGUUUCUGUUGGUUGGUGACACGAUUCAUUUC